CCUUCACUCUCUACGUUUCUUGUAGCUACCGCUUUCGCUUGUUUUAAGCCGAAAAAAGUCUGGUCACCAUGCCCGAGCCGGCCAAGUCCGCCCCUGCCCCCAAGAAGGGCUCCAAGAAAGCCGUGACCAAGGCUCAGAAGAAAGACGGAAAGAAGCGCAAGCGCAGCCGCAAGGAGAGCUACUCCAUCUACGUCUACAAGGUGCUCAAGCAGGUCCACCCCGACACCGGCAUCUCCUCCAAGGCCAUGGGCAUCAUGAACUCUUUCGUCAACGACAUCUUCGAGCGCAUCUCGGGCGAGGCGUCCCGCCUGGCCCACUACAACAAGCGCUCCACCAUCACUUCCCGGGAGAUCCAGACGGCCGUGCGCCUGCUGCUGCCCGGGGAGCUGGCCAAGCACGCCGUGUCGGAGGGCACCAAGGCCGUCACCAAGUACACCAGCUCCAAGUGAGCAAGUGUUCCGAAGGGGCAGACUCCCUGUGCACUAAAAGGCUCUUUUCAGAGCCACCUACCCAGUCCUAAAGAGAGCUCUGACCAACCUAAGCCUUGGAAGUUGUGCUGCAAACAUGUGGGGAUGUCCUUAGUAUUCUUAAUAGAGCGACUUGCCUAGCGUACUGGCUGUUGAAACUUGGCAGCUUUGGGACUUGAGGUUUAGAGAUGAUUUGUGUUAAUUUAAUCUUUU